GCAUCAACAAUGACAGCAAUUAUGGCAGCGAUCGUGACAGCAUCACAACGAUCACAUCAAUGUUGACAGCAAAAGUGGCUGCAACAGUGACAGCAACGGUCACAGCAACGGUCACAGCAACGGUCACAGCAACGGUCACAGCAACGGUCACAGCAACGGUCACAGCGACGGUCACAGCAAUGGUCACAGCAACGGUCACAGCAAUGGUCACAGCAACGGUCACAGCAAUGGUCACAGCAACGGUCACAGCAACGGUCACAGCAACGGUCACAGCAACGGUNGGUCACAGCAACGGUCACAGCAACGGUCACAGCAACGGUCACAGCAACGGUCACAGCAACGGUCACAGCGACGGUCACAGCAACGGUCACAGCAAUGGAGACAGCGACGGUGACAGCAACAGUGAUGGCAACAGUGGCAGCAACAGUGGCGGCAACGGUCAACGGGGCUGCUAUAACCCUAGGACUAGACAAUGGGGCUCUUAGGACCAGUGUCUUGAGAUUCU